AUCCCACGAUACCCUCUGAGUUUUAGGCCAAUAAUACGGCAUGAAAUAGAAAUGUUGAAAGACUCGACAGUUGAAGGAAAAAAAAAGGAUAAAAAACAUGCCAAUAAGUCGUCCAUCAGAUGUGUGCCAUUUUAGUUUAGCUUAGCCAGCUAACUCGAAGAAUUGUGAUUUCAAAUAUGACUGCCCUUCAAGACUAUGUUAUUUUUAUUAGGCUAUUAUGGGUAAUGUCAUAUAAGCCAGGUGAGUGUUUUUGAUUGCAACAUUAAAGAACACUAAAGGUUACUGGGGCUUAACGGGGUGCAUUUUUUUUUACACCGGGUCCAAGUAUUUUGAAAAAUAGGCCUACGAGACAGUCCUAUACCAUACCUGUCGGCAUUUAAACAAUAGGCCUACAGACAGUAAUAUACCUUAUCUACCGGCCUUUAAACAACAGGCCUACAGACAGUCCUAUACCCUAUAUAUCUACCGGCCUCUAAACAACAGACCUACAGGCAGUCCUAUGCCCUAUCUACCGGCCUCUAAACAAUAAACCUACAGACAGUCCUAUACCCUAUUCUACCGCCUCUAAACAAUAGACCUACAGACAGUCCUAUAUCCUAUUCUACCGGCCUCUAAACAACAGACCUACAGACAGUCCUAUACCCUAUCUACCGGCCUCUAAACAACAGACCUACAGACAGUUCUUCAGACAGUCCUACACAAUAUCCGUGGCUGCUUAUUGAAUAAUAUAAUUGUCAUCUGGCCCUAAAGAAGUUAUUUUACCUUGAGCACAGUCUUUUUUUUCCACUCAUUACUAUUAAUGUAAAACACGUGAACUUGGGGAGGGACUGUUUCGAAAAGGAAGCAGGACACGCCAGAAGCAAUAUAUAUAUAAGAGAUCAUCAAUAAAUUCAGACUAAUAUACUAAACAAUGAUUAAAUUCUUAUUGACUUACCCAUUGCGAUGCUUACACCAAUGCUAACAUCAGUGCUUAAACCAGUGCUUACACCACUGCUUACACCAGUGCUUACACCAAUGUGAAGCUGACGGGGCAUGUCAAUAUUGGAAUUUUUUAUGCUCAAACUUUGAACAACAAAUCAGUCUUAAAAUGUAGUGCAUGCAUUUCUUAAUAUCGGAGCAAGAUGCUACUCCAAUUGUACAAGAAGAAACUGCCUCUCUAGAUUUAAGAUAGCACGGAGGCUUGAGGCUAUCUACAUAAAUUUCAUGCCGGAUUAAAAAUCUAAAGAUGUAAUAAUUCUAGAUUAACAUUCACGAUCUCUCAAUUCAUGUUAACAAUCAUAACCUCUCAAUUUAUGUGACAACCAUAACAUGCAUUUCUAGUUUGACAAUCACAAUCUAAUUACAUUUGUAAGUAGUUUUUUUUAAAUAAAUUGUAUCGCUCUAUACUCGUUUAGUACUUGUACUGGACUUGGCGAUUUUCUAAAACUUGAUUUACAACUUCUACAUUUGAAUUCCCCCUUCCCCAGCCCAUUUCUUCUUCUUCUUCCUUGCCUUUCUUCAACUCCCUGAUAGUAAGACAUAGGCCAUUAACACUUUUUUUCCAAGCCUUCCGGUCUCUAGUUGUCCUCUUGCUAACUCUUUCCAACUCUUUCCAGUCUUUCCUACAAUCUUUGUUAACAUCUCGUCUACAUGUGCUUUUGGGUCUGCCCCGUCAUCUUCUUCCUUGAGGGUUCUCUAUCAUGGCUCGUCUUGCUAUACCUGCCAUGGGUCAUAUACCUUUGCUUGUCUUGCUAUACCUGGCAUGUGUCACAUACCUUUGCUUGUCUUGCUAUACCUGGCAUGUGUCACAUACCUUUGCUUGUCUUGCUAUAUCUGUCAUGGGUCACAUACCUUUGCUUGUCUUGCUAUAUCUGUCAUGUGUCACAUACCUUUGCUUGUCUUGCUAUAUCUGGCAUGUGUCAUAUACCUUUGCUUGUGUUGCUAUACCUGGUAUGGGUUAAUACCAUUGCUUGUCUUGCUAUAUGUGCCAUGGGUCACAUACCUUUGCUUAUCUUGCUAUACCUGGCAUGUGUCACAUACCUUUGCUUGUCUUGCUAUACCUGGCAUGUGUCACAUACCUUUGCUUGUGUUGCCAAACCUGGUAUGGGUUAAUACCAUUGCUUGUCUUGCUAUACCUGGCAUGUGUCACAUACCUUUGCUUGUCUUGCUAUACCUGGCAUGUGUCACAUACCUUUGCUUGUGUUGCCAAACCUGGUAUGGGUUAAUACCAUUGCUUGUCUUGCUAUAUUUGACAUGGGUCCCAUACCAGUGCAUAUUUUGCUAUAUUCGGCAUGUGUUUUCUCUUGGCGUCACCUAUCCGUCUUCCCUUGAUGUAUACGAUAAACACUCCCACUGCACUUUUUUCAAUAGACGCUGUGACUUUCUGUAACUACGUUAACGUCAUCUAAUAGACGCUGUGACCUUCUGUAACUACGUUAACGUCAUCUACAUUGAAUCCCCCGCUCUUAUUUCCAGUUACUACUUUUUCUUGCAAGUUCACUGACUCACCCAAGAACCGAGUCAGUAUCGACCCUUUGUUGGAGACAACCGCCUUUUGCCGGAGGGGCCUCAUUGAUGGCAGGGACAGCUUUGUCUUGAGAGCGAUUAUAAACUACGCCGACCUGCAAUACCCUCACUGGUCCAGUGUUGGGGUCAUCACCAACGAAAGAUGCGUGUCGCCAAGGUUUAGUCAGCCCAUAUCGGUAAGUUCAAAUGAUGAAUGAUCGCACGGAGUAAGUGGAUGAUCGCACGGAGUAAGCGGAUGAUCGCACGGAGUAAGUGGAUGAUCGCAUGGAGUAAGGGGAUGAUCGCACGGAGUAAGUGGAUGAUCGCACGGAGUAAGUGGAUGAUCGCAUGGAGUAAGUGGAUGAUCACAUGGAGUAAGUGGAUGAUCACACGGAGUAAGUGGAUGAUCGCAUGGAGUAAGUGGAUGAUCGCAUGGAGUAAGUGGAUGAUCACAUGGAGUAAGUGGAUGAUCACAUGGAGUAAGUGGAUGAUCGCAAGGAGUAAGUGGAUGAUCGCACGGAGUAAGUGGAUGAUCGCAUGGAAUAAGUGGAUGAUCACAUGGAGUAAGUGGAUGAUCGCAUGGAGUAAGUGGAUGAUCGCAUGGAGUAAGUGGAUGAUCGCAUGGAAUAAGUGGAUGAUCACAUGGAGUAAGUGGAUGAUCACAUGGAGUAAGUGGAUGAUCACAUGGAGUAAGUGGAUGAUCGCAUGGAGUAAGUGGAUGAUCGCAUGGAGUAAGUGGAUGAUCGCAUGGAGUAAGUGGAUGAUCGCAUGGAGUAAGUGGAUGAUCACAUGAAAUAAGUGGAUGAUCACAUGGAGUAAAUGGAUGAUCACAUGGAGUAAGUGGAUGAUCACAUGGAGUAAGUGGAUGAUCGCAUGGAGUAAGUGGAUGAUCGCAUGGAGUAAGUGGAUGAUCGCAUGGAGUAAGUGGAUGAUCGCAUGGAGUAAGUGGAUGAUCACAUGAAAUAAGUGGAUGAUCACAUGGAGUAAAUGGAUGAUCACAUGGAGUAAGUGGAUGAUCACAUGGAGUAAGUGGAUGAUCGCAUGGAGUAAGUGGAUGAUCGCAUGGAGUAAGUGGAUGAUCGCAUGGAGUAAGUGGAUGAUCGCAUGGAGUAAGUGGAUGAUCACAUGAAAUAAGUGGAUGAUCACAUGGAGUAAAUGGAUGAUCACAUGGAGUAAGUGGAUGAUCACAUGGAGUAAGUGGAUGAUCGCAUGGAGUAAGUGGAUGAUCGCAUGGAGUAAGUGGAUGAUCGCAUGGAGUAAGUGGAUGAUCGCACGGAGUAAGUGGAUGAUCACACAGAGUAAGUGAAUUAUCACAUGGAGUAAAUAGAUGAUCGCAUGGAGUAAGUGAAUGAUCGCAUGGCAGCUUAUAUAAGAGGGGAACUCUAAAAUUAAACUCGGUUACGGAGUCCCGUAGGCGGUAUGACAUUGACACAAUGAACAUUUCGACAACUCCUGCGACACGGAAGACAUAAACAGCACAGUGAAACACAUACACAUAGGGAGACUCACAUACACUAUUUGCCGUUACUUGGAUAGGUCUUGCCUUGAAAAAAAUAGGCAAGGACUAGAGAGUGAGGCUGAAAAAUUGAGAAAAAAGUGCAUCCCAAGUCUAGGCUAUCUACUCAAGUCUUAGCAUUGGUUCGCAUGCGAAGGACGAACAUUGCAGGAUCACAAAGUAACAACACAAAAAAAUGAUUAAACAAGUUCUGUGGAGAUUGUAUAACUCCCAAGAAGGGUCGUCGUGAUCUAAAAACAGGUGAACCUUUGAUCUGCAGAUCCUCUCGUCUUACCUGCUGCUGCCGAACGUCC